CUCUGCCUCUCGUCUUCUUCCUGUUCGAAAAGAAAUCACGAAUUCAAUUACAGAGUUCAUCACCUCUCUGUUUUUUUUUUGGCUCUAUUCCACCUGACUGAAAAUGGCGACAGCAGUGAUUCCCUCUGUAGUCACAGCCACCCCACCUCGUCACGUAGUUAGCUCGAAUACCAAUUCUCUGUCCUUGUACCGUAGCGUCAUCCCGAAGAACAAUGUUGGGCUGAGCCUGAACAGAUUGGACGCUCUGAAACUGAGAUCAUCCAACUCCGCCGGCGGCAGAGCAUCCCGCAAAUGCCGGCCGACUUCCCACAACCGCGCCGCCGCCGCCGCCACUGUGCGGUGCGAGGAGGGCGGCGGAGGGAUGAGAUUGGUGUUCGUCGGAGCAGAGGUUGCUCCCUGGAGCAAAACCGGCGGGCUCGGCGAUGUCCUCGGCGGGCUCCCGCCGGCCAUGGCUGCGAAGGGACACCGAGUGAUGACGAUCUCGCCGCGCUACGACCAGUACAAGGAUGCUUGGGACACAGGCGUGGAAGUCCAGGUGAAGGUUUUGGACACAGUGGAGACAGUUCGGUUCUUCCACUGCUACAAACGAGGGGUGGAUCGGGUUUUCGUCGACCAUCCUCUGUUUCUAGCCAGGGUAUGGGGGAAAACUGGUCCCCAGAUCUAUGGUCCUCGAGCCGGAAUCGACUACGAAGACAACCAGCUUCGUUUCAGCUUGUUUUGCCAGGCAGCUCUGGAAGCGCCAAGGCUGUUGAAUCUCGACGGCAACCAAUCGUUUUCUGGACCAUAUGGUAUUGGAAAAAAUUUGAUGAAUUGGAAUGUAGGUGAGGAUGUGAUCUUCAUUGCUAACGAUUGGCACACAGCUCUCCUCCCUUGCUACAUGAAAACAAUGUACCAACCUCAAGGCCAAUACACUAAUGCCAAGGUUGCAUUCUGCAUUCACAACAUUGCUUACCAAGGCAGAUUCCCCUUCUCCGAUUUCUCCAUUCUCAAUCUCCCCAGCCAGUUCAGGGGCUCCUUCGAUUUCACUGAUGGGUAUGACAAGCCAGUGAGGGGAAGGAAGAUCAACUGGAUGAAGGCAGGGAUCAUCGAAUCAGACACGGUGGUUACAGUGAGCCCUUACUACGCCGAAGAGCUGGCCUCCGGUGAAGACAAGGGCGUCGAGCUUGAUAACAUCAUUCGGGCUAAGGGUAUCAUUGGCAUUGUCAAUGGAAUGGAUGUUCAGGAGUGGAAUCCUUCUACUGACAAGUACAUCGAUUUCAAAUACGAUUCGACUACUGUGAUGGAUGCAAAGCCAUUGUUGAAGGAAGCAUUGCAAGCUGAAGCAGGACUGCCGGUGGACAAGAGCAUCCCUGUGAUUGGGUUCAUUGGUAGGCUGGAAGAGCAGAAAGGUUCAGACAUUCUUGUGGAAGCCAUCCCUGAUUUCAUUGAUAAGAACAAUGUUCAGAUUAUUAUCCUGGGAACUGGAAAGAAAGAGAUGGAGCGACAGAUCAUGAAGCUUGAGGAAUCGUAUCCAGAUAAGGCUCGCGGGAUCGCCAAGUUCAGCCCUAGCCUAGCCCAUUUGAUCAUAGCUGGUGCCGAUUUCAUGUUGAUACCGAGUAGGUUCGAGCCCUGUGGUCUGAUCCAGCUGCACGCUAUGCGCUAUGGCACGGUGCCAAUUGUUGCCUCCACAGGCGGCCUUGUUAACACGGUGAGAGACGGUCGCACAGGCUUCCACAUGGGAGAUUUCAGUGUCGAGUGCGAUGAAGUUGAUCCAAUGGACGUGACUGCGGUAACUAGAGGCGUCGAGAAGGCAAUUGCAACCUUUGGGACUCAUGCACUGUCUGAAAUGAUCCAGAAUUGCAUGGCUCAAGAUCUCUCCUGGAAGGGGCCAGCAAAGAAGUGGGAAGAACUACUGAGGAGCCUUGGCGUUGCUGGGAAUACUGAGCCGGGAUUCGACGGAGAUGAGAUUGCACCUCUUGCCAAGCACAAUAUCGCCAUGCCAUGAUAUGGUCUUCUCAAUAGAGUUAAAUGUUAGUUUAGAGAUCGCAUAAAAUUUUUUCGUUUGUUUUCUGCACUUAGAAGAUGAAUAUUUGGCAUAGGUUCUUGUCAACCGUUAGUAGCCAAGACUUGUUAGGUAGCUAGAUCUUGGUUAAUAUUCGUGUACUCUUGGAAAAUAAUAGACUUCUUUUUCAAACAAAAUAUGAAAAUAAUGUUUUGCUCCUAGA